UUGAGCCGUAGCUCGGGGAGCCGGUCAGUUUCCGGCCAAGGCAGCAGGUCAGUCCCGGGAAGGGCGGGCGGCCGAGCAGAGGGAGUGAGCGGCGAAGCACUCCUCUCGUCCAGCGUUUCCUGGCGCCACCGCCGUGUCGCCGCCGCCGCUGCAGAGUGUCGCUGCUCCGCCGCGCUCCCUCGCCCCGAGCCGCCAGCCGCCUGGGAGCCUGAGCGCCGAGCCCCGGGCGGAGAAGAGGGGCGCGGGCGCGAGAGCCGCGGCGAGGGAGCUGCGAAGGGGGAAGGGGGCGGGCGGAGGGAGGAGCAGGGAGAGAGGGAGAAGGGGGAGGGAGAGAGGAGAGCGAGGGAGAGCUGGAGAGAGCGAGAGCAAAGAGCGAGAGCCAGGGAGAGGAGAGGGAGGGAGAGAAGAGAGAAAGACACACGCACGCAGAGACACACAGUCACUGGAAUUCCAUUAGAAAAAAGUGAGACGAGCAAGGGUUAGCGGCAGAAGAUUUUUUUUUUUUUUUGAAUCUUUUCUUCGUCUGGGUGCGAAAGAAGCGACUCCGGGUUCUCGUCUUCGAAGCUCCCACUGGAUUGUUCCUUGGCGCUAACACCGUCGGUGGAUUUCUCUAUUUGCAUUUUAUUCUGACCCCCACCUUCGCUGCUUCCUUUCAGCCCUUCACUCUCAAAUCGCCUCUUCCCCACCUCCCCAGUCCGCUCCUGGGAAGCGCAGGGGAAUUGGACCCGCGGGGACUCGCGCCUUCCCGGACCAGCGGAGGGGAGGACAGAGCGAGGACCAGGCUGUCGGCUUGCAAAGCAGAUAUACCCUCAUUUACGUGUAUAUUUGAUUUUAGUGGGCAAGGGGGGCGUCGAGAGGCAGCCCACCGCCCUCCUGCCCCCCCCCCCCCAAGCCAGAGGCGAGGAUCGCAGGACUCAGGAUCUUCAUCGGGUGGACUAGCUGGGAUCUCCGCAUUGGAUUUGGGGCUGAUUAUCACUGCUUGGCUAUUAUUAUUGUUGUUGUUAUUUUUUUUUUACCUAAGGGAGAAAGACACAAAAAACUGUGGGAUUUAUUUAACAUGAUCUUGGCAAACGUCUUCUGCCUCCUCUUCUUUUUAGACGAGACCCUCCGCUCUUUGGCCAGCCCUUCCUCCCUGCAGGGCCCCGAGCUCCACGGCUGGCGCCCCCCAGUGGACUGUGUCCGGGCCAAUGAGCUGUGCGCCGCGGAAUCCAACUGCAGCUCCCGCUACCGCACGCUGAGGCAGUGCCUGGCGGGCCGGGACCGCAACACCAUGCUGGCCAACAAGGAGUGCCAGGCGGCCCUGGAGGUCCUGCAGGAGAGCCCGCUGUACGACUGUCGCUGCAAGCGGGGCAUGAAGAAGGAGCUGCAGUGCUUGCAGAUCUACUGGAGCAUCCACCUGGGGCUGACUGAGGGUGAGGAGUUUUAUGAAGCCUCACCCUAUGAGCCGGUGACCUCCCGCCUCUCGGACAUCUUCAGGCUUGCUUCAAUCUUCUCAGGGACAGGGGCAGACCCGGCGGUCAGCGCCAAGAGCAACCACUGCCUGGACGCCGCCAAGGCCUGCAACCUGAACGACAACUGCAAGAAGCUACGCUCCUCCUACAUCUCCAUCUGCAACCGCGAGAUCUCGCCCACUGAGCGCUGCAACCGCCGCAAGUGCCACAAGGCCCUGCGCCAGUUCUUCGACCGGGUGCCCAGCGAGUACACCUACCGCAUGCUCUUCUGCUCCUGCCAAGACCAGGCGUGCGCCGAGCGCCGCCGGCAGACCAUCCUGCCCAGUUGCUCCUACGAGGACAAGGAGAAGCCCAACUGCCUGGACCUCCGCGGCGUGUGCCGGACCGACCACCUGUGCCGGUCCCGGCUGGCUGACUUCCACGCCAAUUGUCGUGCCUCCUACCAGACGCUCACCAGCUGCCCUGCCGACAAUUACCAGGCGUGUCUGGGCUCGUACGCUGGCAUGAUUGGGUUUGAUAUGACACCCAACUAUGUGGACUCCAGCCCCACUGGCAUCGUGGUGUCCCCCUGGUGCAGUUGUCGUGGGAGUGGGAACAUGGAGGAGGAGUGUGAGAAGUUCCUCAGGGACUUCACUGAGAACCCGUGCCUCCGGAAUGCCAUCCAGGCCUUUGGCAACGGCACAGAUGUGAACCUGUCCCCUAAGAGCCCCUCAUUCCAGGCCACACAGGCCCCUCGGGUGGAGAAAACACCUUCUUUGCCAGAUGACCUCAGCGAUAGCACCAGCCUGGGGACCAGCGUCAUCACCACCUGCACAUCUGUCCAGGCCCAGGCCCUUGGGGAAGCCUUUGGGACCCCCUUCACUGACCCAGAGAUGGCAGCCAGUUGGGGACCCCACAUAAGUGAUUGGACAUAAGGACCAGAGGGCCUUCUGAGAUCUCCUCCUGAAACCCCAAAGGAUGGAAGCUCGGCGAGGAUAGUAACUUAUCCAGAGCCCCCAGCCUGCAGCUCCUGAACAGUUUCCUCUGGCUGCACUGCCUUGGAUCCUCCUCCAGAUCUGCUACCCUAGAGGGCUUUUCCAUGGUGGGGGGCGGGGUCUACAGCUGGAAGAACUCUUGUCCACAUCGUGGGGCUGCCGAGCAAAAAUAUGGGUGUCCACAGAGGAGCCAGGGGCUAGGAGGCCCCCGACUUGGCCCUGUGUCUGGGCAUCCUGGAUGCUGUUUUGAGUCCUGUUCUCCUAUGCUUCCACUCCUGACUGUAGCCCACGCUCCAGGCAGCCCUGCCUGCCUGGAACACUCUAGAACUUGGAGAAAGCAUGGCAGGAAAUGUGUGCAAAAUGGUCUCUCCCCCUCCCUCUGGCCUUGCCUAUAUGUGUGUGCAUACACACACCCCUAUGUGAGUCCCCUCCCUGAUCUGAAGCCUAGCCAUCCUGUCCCCUGGGGUAGGCCUGAGGGCUGCGGUGAGCAAGAUGCUGGCCCGUGCACUUGUCAGUCCCUUGGAGCCAAGUGCCUGUCCUUCCUCUCUCUGCCUGGUGAUUCCUGCUUGGAUUCACCUUUCAGGGUGUUCCCCCUGACUCUGCUCCUGCCUCGCCUCACUUCAGCCCCCAUCAUGAUGUGUUUGGCUCCCUCUCGCAGGUGCGCGUCCCUGAGGGACAGGGGCUGCCUCUCACCCUCUUUGUUGCCCUGUGUACCCUGGUGCUCAGUGCGUGGCACUGAGUGGGUACUCCAGAGAGGCUGAGGGAGAGAACCCAGAGUCCCCAGUUCAUGGGGUUCAUUGGAACUUCCUGCUCCCCAUUCUAGAACAGGCUCUGUGUGCAUUCUUGCUUGCAGGCAACUCUGUUCAGCUUCCCUCCUUCUCAUAGCUGCUGUCUGUGUGCCUGCCACGAGGGUAGGGAGGUGAAGAAGUCUUUCUAUGGAGGAUCCGUGAAGAUUGUUUAGAAGGCUCUUCUGACACAUGAUGGGGCCUGGACCAGGGCGGUGCCGUGUGGAUGGAGAGGCAGCGAGAUUGGCAGCGGGCUCUUGCUUUCUCUGCUCAUGGUUUGUUUCCAGUGUCCUUGGCAUUCCCUGUGGUUUUCUCUAGGCCAGUAUGCUGGGACUCAAGUCUCGCCUUUCCCGGGGCUGCAGGGCCCUGGCCACACAGUCUCCUUUGCUGUUUUUGUCUCUGCCAGCCAGUUUUGGCUCUUACCCUUGAUACUUCCCAUCACAUGUGGGAGCAUUAGAAAUGCAUUUGGAGGGGUUGAUGCAAGCCCCACUCAUCACGCACCUACAAGAGGCUCAGCAGCCCUCAGAUGCUUUUGUCCCCUCCUCAUGCUGCCUUCUGUCGGGAUGGAUCUCUGUGCCCAGGCCCGUGGGCAUCAGAGAGGCCUGGCAGUGUGUCCAACAGUUCUGAUACACUAAUAUGGCUCCUUUCCAAGCUUUGAAAGACUUGAAUGCAGUCCUUAUUUUCUUCCCUUGCUCUAGUUCCCCUUGUAGUCGUUUAUUUAUUUGUCCAUCAGGACCUUCAUUCGUUUAUUCAACAUAGAUUCUUACUGCGUGUGACUCUGUUCCAGGCUCCGAGGCUGACCAGCUCACUUGGCCAGUACCUUGGCCCCACGCUGGUAGGAUGGGCACGAUGCAUGCUCAGAUAGCUGGGGGAGGAAGCUGUCAGCACACCAGGAAGACUGAGAAAGUGACAUGGGAUCCAGAGGAGGGAGGGCUACUUUGGACU